AUGGCAACCCAGUUGGCAAGCAGCAGCGCUGUGCUGUUCAGUGCACGUACCAAGGCGGUAACUCUAAGUGCACCUGUCCCGACUACUACCCGAGGAACAACAAGAAGUGGGAGUACACUGGAAAGCACGAGUGUUUCGCUUGAGCGGCUUACCCCGGGCGUCACAAGUGCUACGGCUAAUGCCACUCCGUACGAGCUGGUGACGCGGAGAACGCUGCCUUUAUGGACUUUGACUUUCAGCAUAGACGGUUUCGAGGCAAAACUCGUGGCCUUUCAGCGCAACAUCAGGACUCAGGAGGCGGAGGUUUCGACCAGGUUACGCAACGGCUAUAUCAGCAUAGCGAUGAGCAGAGAGCAAUGGGGAGACAAUGUACUACACAGCUCAGCUUCCUAG